AUGCUCGCCAUUCCCAAGAUAUUUGCAGCUGGAAGUCAAUUAGUGUUCAAACCAGCGAAAGAUGUCAGCGGUGUAGUUAAAGUUAUGGUCUACCCCGUUGCUGUACCGCCUGAUACCAAGGUCAAGGACGUCAUGUAAGUUGACAACGUUUGAUUUUAUAUGAAUGUUGGUAGCACAUCGGGUUAGUGCCUGCAUCUUUCAUCCAUGUGACCGCGAGUGUGAUUCCUGCAAUAUGCGGAUGUCUGAAUAUAAUUUCACUAGCUGGUUACAUGUGAGAAAAGUGCUUCCAGUUUGAUAUUAUCAAACAUGCACUGGAUCAACAAGAGAUGAUCCUUACUGGACCUCUAGGGAGAACAGAUUAGAACUGAUAGAGCUAUCCAGUAUAAAUAGAGUUAGUUUAGUUUAGGUUUCCUCCUGUAGUAACACUGGAUCAAUAAGAGAUCAUCCUUACUGGACCUCUAGGGAGAACAGUUUAGAACUGAUAGAACUGUCCAGUAUAAAUAAAGUUAGUUUCGUUUAGGUUUCCUCCUGUAGUGACACUGGAUCAGUAAGAGAUGAUCUUAUACUGGACCUCUAGGAAGAACAGUUUAGAACUGAUAGAACUAUCCAGUAUAAAUAAAGUUAGUUUAGUUCAGGUUUCCUCCUGUAGUAAUACUGGAUCAAUAAGAGAUGACCCUUACUGGACCUCUAGGAAGAACAAUUUAGAACUGAUAGAACUGUCCAGUCUAUAUAAAGUUAAUUUGCUUAAAUUUUAAUAUGACCGAUAUCUUAACCAAUUCUCGAAUUUUGACAGAAAUACCUGUGGAGUUGGUCAAGGAGUCGAGCUCAUUAUCAACAUUUCUAAUGUGAAUGAUAAACCAUCACCCCGUCCCAUUGAUCCUAAAAACCCUUACAGACUGAGGCUGGUUGUGGAAGCUCCACCCUUGCCUUUUGAACUGGCCAACGAUGCUGCUAACAAAGGUUUUCCAGUCGAGAGUUUUGCGAAGAAAGGUAAGAUAUGGACGACAGAUUUUGAUGACUUUAAAACUAUGAGAUUUAGAGCGCUGUAGCGAAUCACAGGACCAGAGGUUCGAUUCCUGUCUGGAGGCUUAUAGUUGCAUUUUUUACAACUGUUCCUGUUAGGUCUAAUAAGUUUAGGCCAUAAAAAUAUGUGGGUUUCCGGUUUCUUCUUAUAAAAACUUAGGUAGGGUAGGUCGGUUUUAACUUUUUUUUUUAACUUUUUUUUUAACUUUUUUUUUUAACUUUUUUUUUUAAUUUUCCGAACAAGCGGACGCUAUUUUGUUUAGUCAGUGCUUCCACAUCCAAAGAUAUAUUUCCCUUAUAUUGCCUCAAAUUUCAAUUUUCCACAAACGUUUUCCUCUAAGUGGAAACACUUACAAGCAUGAUCCAAUAAAAAUGUUUAGGGUCGGGAUUUCGACGUCCAAAAACUAGGUAGGGUCGGGAAACCGGAAACCCACAUAUUUUUUUUUGGCCUUAUAAAAAAUUUUCUCUCGAAACCCUUCAAUCACAUUUAUCAGGGCUCGAAAUAGCGAGUCAAAAAAAAUAAUUGGCAGGUUAACUGUAUAGGUAUAUUUCAUUUCAUUUGCUUACCACAACUCGUAUAUACUAGAUCAUUUAGUUGACUAAAUACGUUUAUAUUUGGAAUGUAAAUCCAAGUUUACUGUAGUAAAAUAGACAAGUUUAAAAAUAAUAAAAAUGCAUAUCAUGAAAACACUGAUUUUUACAAUAUGACUCAUAUGAGACAUCGCCAUUUUGGCAGUUCAAUGAAUAAAAAUGGCAGGCUAAAAUUUAUUUCACCUGCCAAAAAAACGUCGAGCCCUGACAUUUAUGAACCUUGCGUUCAGGCAAUGGAUAAUCCCAGCUCAGUAUAUAUGGACGAAAUUUUGAUCUAGGCACGAAGAACAAAAUCCAUCACCACAGCUAGAACGAGUAUGUUAAAAUUAGUAAAAUUGCAAAGUUUGGUUGCGAAAUUUUGUAAAAUGAGGAAAAUAUAGUCCUGCGAAGUUUGCAAAUUUUGUAAUAAUUUGUAUUACGCGCGGGAAAAUGCACCACAUUUGGGCCGAAAGUGGUGCAUUUUCCCGCGACGCGUAUACAAAUGAAUGCAAACUUUGCAAAUUUCGUAGUGCUAUAUUUUCUUCAUUUUACAACAUUUCGCAACCAAACUUUGCAAUUUUACUCAUUUUAACAUGCUCUUUCUAGCUGUGGUGAUGGAUUUUAUUCUUCUUGCCUAAAUCAAAAUUUAGUAUAUACCUGGAAUCAUCCAUUGUUUCGUGUGCAUCCAAUCGAAGUCAGACACUAAUGUCUGUUUCAGAAUAAUUUUCAAAUGAUAUCAUUUUAUUGUAGCUGGCAUGGAUGUAGAUGGUGACGUUUUGGGUAUAGCUAUAGCCAAGGCUGGUGUCUCGCGUAUUGGUCAAUGGCAGUAUCUUGACGAUAGCAAUGCCUGGCAGAAUAUUGAGAGAACCGUGAAUAUUAGUACGAGAGGCUCGAUCGAUGGCGAUAAGGCAGAGUUACUCUUCUUAAAACCUGUACAGAAGAUUCGAUUACGUCCUUCACCCCUUGAUAAAGUUUGGAGAAAGUUUGAAGCACUGCAAACGGUCUUACGUUUUCUUUUAUGGGAUCAAUCUGAUGGUUUGGCGUCAGGAGCUUAUGUUGUCGCUGUGAAAGGUUUGUAUUUGUUUCUGGCCAAGCCUUUCAUAUGUUUACGUACUAUUUAAAGCACGCGUAGGAGUGUUUUAUCACAUAUAAAACACGACGCGUAGCGGAGUGUUUUAUAUGUGAUAAAACACGACUACAAGUGCUUUAAAUGGCUUAAAAAACGUGAUUUUAUAUCACAUAUAAAACCACGACACGCUUAUGAUUUUUCUUUGUGUUUUGCUCUCCUGAAUUAUCAAUGAGUUUUUUAAUUAUAUAGUAGAGAGUGAGAUACUGAAAAAUACACAGUGAGAUUUUUUUCAUAUAUCUUCACAAUAGCACAGAAUAGGAAGGUAUAGCAGAAGUGUAACUCAAGCAAGCAUUUGUCCGCGUUUUUACAAGCAAUUCGUCAUCAAUCACGCCAUCCUGGCUAGUAGCCUACAACCGGCACUUUGUACCUACCAAAACCUGAUAAAAACUUCCGGUUGAGUAAGCCAGGAUGACGUGAGCGAGUUAAAAUUUUCGUGGACGUAAAACAAUAAUGAAACCGACUCAAGUUACGCUUCUGCUGUACCUUCCUAUUCUGUGACUAUAGUGAAGAUAUCGAUCACGUGACUUUUUCCAAUUUUCUUUUGAGCGUGAAAUUUCACAAUUUUUGUGCAAGUCAAGAAAAUCAAAGUUAAAGUUUAUGUAAAUCAAGGAAAAUCUCUAUCACAUAUAAAGAUACGAGCAUACGACACGCUUAUGAUUUUUCUUUGUGUUUUCCUCAUGAAUUAUUGAUGCUUUUUUGAAUAAAGUUUUUCUAUCUUUCUAACCCUAACUCGUUACAUAUCUAACCGUAACCCAUGACUACCAUAUGGCGACCAUACUUAACCUAAAUGAUUUUUCCUUUCCAGGAAAUAACGCCAUCAGUAGCCAAGUCCUGAGUGUUUUCAUGGAACGUCUUGGUUGUGACGGACGGCCAAGCUCAGGUUUGAUCCAUAACGAAUGUGGUCAAUGCGGCACAAGGUCGUGCAAGAAAUGUGACGGCUCUACCAACUCAUCGGCCAUCGUUAACGAAUGCAAGGAAUGCGUCCUUGGGAACACUGGGAAAGACAGGGAUCAUGGGAAGGAUUGCAGAGGGAUCUGUGGCGGGUCGUUCAUCAAUCUUGAAAGAUGUAACAACACAUGCGUAUCCAGAGGCAAGAAGGUAAUAUAUAUUGCUCGGGAUGGUUCAUAGGAACCCAGCUAACCCCGAAACUCGUCUUGAUGAGAUAUGUAUGCCCGUUGUUAACGCAUAUAACAUUCAAUUCAACGCUCUGCCGAAAGUCGUUUUCUCCGGGUGCUUCGGUUUCCACCCGCAGGGAAAGUUAAUUGACAGGGUGGGUUAGUAUAAACACAGUUAAGAAAGUAAUAUCACAAUUGUUGUAGAGAUAAAAUAGUCUAGACUAACGGUAAAGCUAGAGUAAUACGAGCAACAAAAUUGCUGCAAUUUGCAACAAAAUCUGAUUUCAACGCAUGUUAAGUAGAAAUGUCGACAUAUGUUGCCUCGUAAUUUGUAAUUUAUGUGUCAACAUUUCUACUUAACAUGCGUAGAAAUCAGAUUUUGUUGCCCGUAUUGCGUAUAAUAGGGAGCUUUAGAUUUGACUACGAGUACGACUACGAGUACGAGAUUUGAUCGCGUGCGAGGAAAUUACCGUAGCCGUUUUCGCUUCCAUUCAAAUGUUGCUUUUAUAACAGUAAAUCAACAACUAGAGAAAAAGUUUCAUAAACUAAAUCUCCUGCCGACUAAAAUCCCCUACAAAACGUGUAAAUAAAUCAUAACAUUAAAAAUAGGCCAGAUAUUUAGUACUAAUAUAUUAUUUGCGCCGGAUAAACGCUAUAUAAAUGCUACAAAUUAUUUUUGGAAACAAAAAAAAGCCAACAUUCUUUGUUUUUUUUUUGAAAAGUCGUCGUGAGGACUACGAGGUUUCUCCACAAUUUCGUACUCAGAUGGGCGACGGCUACGACUUUUUAGCGUCAUUACGGGAUGGCGUAAGCAUACAGCAUGCGUUUAGCUUGACAAAUCUCGUAGUCGUAGUCGUACUCGUAGUCAAAUCUAAAGCUCCCUAAUACGCGAUGUAAAGCGCAUUUGAUCAUAAUCACAUAUAAAUUGUUAAUCUUAAUUUGUAUUCAUAUGAGACACGCCGGGUACACACGUAAGAACGCACAAGUUGUAACAAACUUGCACUUGUAGCAAUGCUGUUCUAACAACUUGUCAACAGGAUGUGUUCGCACUGCUUGUUCCCAGCUUGUUGACAACUUGCUACAAGGUCUUUGAGCUCAACAGACCUUAUUGUUCUGCUAUUCAACAAUUUGUCAACAAGUUGUGAGUGACAACCUUGUAGCAACUUGAUAAAAUAACAGCAUUGUUACAACUUGUUGACAAGUUUGCUACAAGCCUGUUGCGAACACAUCUUGUUGGCAAGUUGUGAGAUUUUUACGUGGGCAGGCCCGAUAUCAAACAUUUAAUGUUGAACGUCAUGUGUAAUAGCAUUUAUAGUACUUACUACUUACGGUGUAUAUUUUAGGUAACUGAUUGCAGUGGUACUUGCUUUGGAAACAAGAGGAUAAACCGCUGUGAAGUUUGCUCAAACGACAGGAAGGCAGGCGCAGAUGCAUGUGGGAAGUGCGGAGGAGAUAACUCAACAUGUACGGGAUGUGAUGGCAAGAUUGGGAGUACCUUUAAAGUAGAUAAAUGUCGUGCUUGCAAGGAUCCUAAAUCACCUGAAUUUAACAAAGGUACGUGA